AGUCUUCUGACGAAAUGCCAUGCUGUAUGCCUCGUGAAAGAGGCUGGUGUGGAGCAGUAUCGAGACAAAAUCUCGCAAGUAUUAGCAUCACGGACUAACUCUGUGUGAUUAAAGUGUAAUUAGCAUUGUCGUGUCACUUGUAGAUGCUCAAAAUUAAUUAUUAAUCGCAAGAGUUAAUUAAAUUAAUCAUUUUCCACUGGUAGCUCUGGGGGGAAUAAAAGCACAUUUUCACUAUAAUGUGCCUUCAGUGACAGUGAAACUUUUGUCUUCAUGAUGAAAUUUACCAGAAUUUGUGUGCAGAGACUCAAUUUACUUGUAUUGCUUCUAAGUGGAGUGAGUGUGACUUGUGAUGCGUCUAAUCUUAGUGGAUGGGUCUUGUAUCAAAUCUAUCCACGCUCCUUCAUGGACAGUGAUGGUGAUGGAGUUGGUGACCUCAGAGGAAUCACGUCUAAAUUGCCAUAUCUCAAAGAAACUGGAAUUAAUGCCACUUGGCUCAGUCCCAUCUUUCAGUCACCGAUGGUGGAUUUUGGUUACGACAUCUCAGAUUUUACCACCAUUCAGCCCGAAUACGGUACAAUGGAGGACUUUGAGGACUUACUUAAAGAGGCAAAACGUCUCGGUCUUAAAGUUAUUCUGGACUUUGUGCCAAAUCAUACAAGUGACAACCACGAGUGGUUUAUAAAUUCGGUGAAUCGUGUUUCAGGCUAUGAGGAUUACUAUGUGUGGCAUGAUGGUCAUGUGGACGCCAAUGGAGAACCGCAACCGCCCAAUAAUUGGGUGUCUGUGUUCUAUGGUUCAGCCUGGACGUGGAAUGAAUUUCGACGACAAUUCUAUCUGCAUCAGUUUACGAGGGAACAGCCCGACUUGAAUUUCCGCAAUCCUGAAGUUGUGGAGGAAAUGGACCGCAUUUUGCUGUUUUGGUUGGAAAAAGGGGUGGAUGGUUUCCGUAUUGAUGCUGUGAAUCAUCUCUUUGAAGUUGAGGAUUUUAGAGACGAACCACUAACCAAUACGGAAUUCGAUUCUAAAUCUUAUUCCUACACCCACCACUACUACACAAAAGACUUGCUUGAAAGCUACGAGAUGAUUUACCACUGGCGUAAUCUCUUGGAUGACUUCAAAGAGAAGAACGGUGGUGAUGACAGAAUCAUGCUGACCGAAGCUUAUGCCAAUAUAUCAUUCACAAUGAAGUGGUAUGGAUCGAGUGAUGGCAGACAGCAUGGAGCCCAUAUCCCCUUCAAUUUUCUUCUGAUCACCGAUCUCAAUGGCAACUCCACAGCCAGGGAUUUCCUCUAUGCCAUCUCUAAGUGGAUGAUUUAUAAGCCUCUCGAUUCCACGCCAAAUUGGGUGCUGGGAAAUCACGAUCAACCGAGAGUUGCCAGCAGAUUUGGGCGAGAGCGUGUAGAUGCUCUCAAUACCUUACUCCUCACCCUACCUGGUAUCAGUGUGACAUACAAUGGAGAGGAAAUUGGCAUGGAGGACAAUACGGAGAUUUCUUGGGAUGAUACUAGGGAUCCAGCUGCUUGCAAUACUAAUUCAUCUCUUUUCAUGAAAUUCACACGUGACCCCGAAAGGACACCUUUUCAGUGGAGCUCAGAUGUGAAUGCAGGAUUUUCAUCUGGCGCCAGCACGUGGCUACCAAUCCACCCAAACUACCGCACCGUCAACCUGGAGCGACAGAAGUCGAGUGAAAGAAGUCACUACAGUGUCUACAGGGCUCUCACGGAUUUGAGACGCCACCCCACGAUGAUUUACGGUGACUUCACUCCGGUGGCAGUGAACGACAAUAUUCUGGCUUACACGCGAGAACUAAAUGACCAUCACUUAUUUGUUGUCGUCAUAAAUUUAUCGGAUCAGGAAGAGACGGUAAAUCUUGCGAGAAUUUUCCACCGAUUGCCGGCUAAAUUGCGCAUUGUAACAGCCGCCUCACACUCCCACUAUCGAUCGGGUGACACAUUUUCAUCGCAUUAUGCAAAUCUUCAACCCUCGGACUGUUUUGUUGCAACAGAAUCAUCAGAGGAGGACAGAUCUCAUCCUCGGUCAGCCUGGUCAGAGUGCCUGAAGGAAGUCCUUCAAGUAGCCAUUCUUCUGAUAACGAUCGUCAUUCUAAAUAACUAUCUCAAUUGGCACUAUUUACCUAAAUGCCUGUGACUCAUAUUAUGAGCAUGAUGAGCCUCGUAGGAGAUAUCGGCUAUUGAUUUCUCCACUUUAUGGCCACUUGUAAUUUACUGUCAUCGCGAAAUAUACAAGCUCUAUCUGUUGAGAUAAGAGCCAAGUUGAAUUUGAAAGGCCCUCAUCCUAAUUUCAUUAGUUGGCAAUGUGGUAGCAACACGAAUGGACACUUUAUUAAUCUGACCGAAUAAUAAAAUGUACAAGUUAAUUA